AAAAUGGGAGUCAUGAUGGACAACCCGCGAGACUUCAGUGGGCGUGGUCAGCGAGGCGGCGGCUUCCUGCUAGUGUGAACACGUGGUUCCGUGUCUGCUUCCCUACUUAUCUGUCACUGAAAGGUUCUUCCCUCACUCCUCCACCACCACCACCUCUUCUUCACCUUUUCACACAACACAACAGACCUGCAGCUGCUCCUCUUCUUCCUCGAAACCACGGUGACUUCCGCGUGUUUCCGCCUCAGAGAGAGUGAAAGUGUGUGUGUGUGUGUGUGUGAGAGAGAGAGAGAGGGUGAGAAAGAGGAGUGAGUGCGUGUGUGUGCGCGCACCCGCCCGCCCGCAACCGGUCCGUCCGCGAUAUCCCCUCCCCUCCCCUCCCACAUCCCCACUAUCCCGACUCGUUCUUCGGUCAUGACGCUGGAAUCGAUCCGUUACCGGGCCGGGUCUCUGCAGGUCCUCAACCAGCUGCUGCUGCCUCACCAGACCGCGUACGAUGAGAUCCGCACUGUGCAGGACGCCUACGAGGCCAUCAAGUCCAUGAAGGUACGCGGCGCUCCUGCCAUAGCCAUCGUCGGUUGCCUCAGCCUGGCUGUGGAGCUGCGGGCAGGUGUUGGAGGGGAUGACCCUGUGACCUUCAUCAGGGAGUCUCUGUGUCACCUGACCUCAGCCAGGCCCACCGCGGUCAACAUGGGCCGUGCCGCCCGCGAGCUGAUGGAGUUUGCUGAGAACGAGAGCAUGGAGAAGAACUCGGAGCAGCUUCGAGAAAGUGUCAUUGCCUGGAUCGAAGACAUGCUGGAGCGCGACGUCAAUGACAACAGGAAGAUCGGCAACAACGGCGCACAGCACAUCCUGUCCGGCGUCCCGAGGGACUCUGUAACCAUCCUCACACACUGCAACACCGGCUCACUAGCCACAGCUGGAUAUGGGACUGCACUGGGCGUGGUGCGAAGCCUACACGCGCUGGGGAGGCUGAAGCGCGUGUACUGCACGGAGACGAGACCGUACAACCAGGGAUCCAGGCUGACGGCGUAUGAGGCAGUGGCGGAGGGAAUCCCCGCCACGCUUAUCACGGACAGCAUGGCGGCUCUCACCAUGAGAGAAAUGGACAUCACAGCUGUGGUGGUUGGUGCAGACAGGGUGGUUGCCAACGGGGACACGGCCAAUAAGGUGGGGACAUACCAACUGGCCAUCGCCGCAAAGCACCAUGGGAUUCCCUUCUACGUGGCUGCACCCAGCACGUCGUGCGACUUGAGCCUGGAGAGCGGCAGAGACAUCAUUAUCGAAGUGCGACCCCCUGAGGAGCUCACCAGUAUAAAUGGAGUCCCCAUAGCAGCAAAGGGUAUCGAUGUCUGGAACCCGGCGUUUGACGUGACUCCUCACCAGCUCAUCACAGGAGGCAUCAUCACAGAGCUGGGAGUCUUCCUCCCCUCUGAGCUCCAGGCCGCGCUCACCGGCCGUCUCACUGCCCUUUAGAGCCGCUCAGUACCUCCUGCUGGUCCGUGUGCACCACUGCACCUUAACAUUACACACACACACACACACACACACACACACACACACACACACACACACACACACUCACACUCAAAGGGUCAUGGUUGUUGUAAUUAAAUUUUGAUAAAGGCACAGUCACUGUUACACGUCAGUGGUGCACGGAGAAGACGACACACCCACUGAAAUGUUCAGUGUUUCACUCGCCCACACGCACACACACACACACACACAAAUACACAAAUGCUUCACCGCAGAGUCGAGCAGACGCGCGCACACACGCACGUGUGCGGUCUCUCUGUUCUCUUUCAUCUGUCUUUUUGUGAGGUGUCUCCAUCACGCACGUCCUCCAGGUUUUCCAUACCGUCCGUCCUCCUCUCUCUCACUGCCUUGUUUUCCUUCAAAAUUGCCCCCGCAGCAAACGAUUGGCUCUGAAUUGCACUCUCUUUCUGAAAUUCUAUUUGGCAGACUGUUUUCAUGAGUCAUUACUGAGGUAGUUUUUCAGGGGUUCUUCAACAAACAAACAAACAAAUAAAAAAAAAAAGGCUUAGGCUUGACUGAUGUUCUUUUAGUAGUGAUUUUUGAUUCGCCAUGGUUUCUAAAAAUGCUGCUACCCAUUUGUAAAUAUACGUGUCCUUGCUGGUAAGAUGUACAUAUGUAGAAAACAAACCCCUGCUAGUAAAGUGUACUGCUAUUUGAACCAAAUAUGUGGUUAUUUUAAAAAUAAAUUUGACAUCAGAAAUGUUAUAUUAACAUUUAAGUUCUGUAGUUUUCUAUGUCACACUUUUUUGUAGUGGGUGGAAAAAAAAAAAUCCAAAUUUAUAGCUCAUAGACGUUUUUGGUGAUAUUUCCUCUCACACGUUUUAUCCUGUGUGGCAAAAAAUUUUGAAGAAAACAAAAAACUAGAAUUUUGUCUAUUGUUUGUCAGCUGAAGCCUAUGACAAAACAUGGCUGUAAAUAUACCUCACUUUUUAUUUCAUACUCCUCGUGUUCUCAUACCUGUGUGAAUCAGAAUCACACCGGCACCGUAUCGAUGUUCACUGCGCCGCACAGGAGACUCUGUAAAAAAUGAAAUGUAAAUGUCAUUUUUGCCGUUUUCACUUCAGCAUCACUGUUAAAAUUAUAGUUCACCCCAAAAUUACACAUCGCUAAUCUCGUCACUUGGCAGUCGAGACUUUACUAAUGUUCGUGCACAUAUAAAAAAACAACAAAACUACUAUAACAACACUAGCUGUUACACUUCAAAGUGGCACCCAUGUAAUUUUGGGGCCAUUAACCUUCGUUCGUAGCCAUCAGUUUGCAUCAGAACUCGUAAGAUAAGUUAAGUUCGUCCAUUGUGGGCUGUCGUAAAAAUGUGGCGGUUCAAAAUGGCGGCAAUAUGAUAUAAAUAUAAACGGCCCUAUCUGAUGAAAAGGUGAUUGUACACUUCUAAAUGCCUAAAUGCUCUGUGUUUGUCUAAGGGUUAAACAUUUGUUUCUGACGCUUUCAUCAAUUAGUCAAUUACCAAAAAGGUCACUUUGCUUUGAAUAUAAGUCACGCAUUAGUAGAGGUUUAAAGCAUUCAGAGGGAAAAUGAAGUGUAGCUAUUAUUCAAAUUAAAAUGAUUUCACCCAAAUUUUAUAUUUGAUUGCCGCGGUUUGCCCGAAACCUCCACUUAUUCGACUUAUUUGUCAAAAAUAUAAAUGUAUGGACAUUUUAAAGACAGUGGUGACAUAAGGUGUUUAUAGAAAGGGAUCCAUUUUUACAGCACGUCUUUCUUUUCAUUUAAGGACCCAUGUUGUCAAAUUAGAGCAGCCAUACUGUGAGUGAAAACCAUCUUUGACCUCAGUGUCAAUGUCAAAUAUGUCACAAACAAAUUUGAAUUUAUGAAAAUGAAUUUAAAUAUUUGCAGGACCGAUCCAAGGCACAACUUGACACUCAAGUCAUGGCGUUUAGUUGAGCACACAGAGACAUAUUUAAAAAGUGUCAAAGGCAGCAGUCAUACUUCCUGUGUGAACAGCAGCUUUAUUCUGGGGUGAACUAUUCCUUUAAGAUUGAUGGGAAUUGUCCUUUUUUUCCCCCCAUACUGUAGAAAAAGCUCUUCAUUUGAAAACACACCAUGGUGGUGAAAGGUGAUUCCACCAGCAGUCAGAAUGUAUCACUCAGCUCAGAUGAUGAACCUGCUGUGAUCGGUGGACUUCAGUCACUUAUUGCCUUUUGUGCUCAAUUCAGAAUGUAUUUCUACUGCACUGCUCCAAAAGAGUGAAGGGAAAACUUCAUUUCAUUUCAGCCCUCAACAGCUUAGGGCCGUGGACAUUAAGGACAUGUUCAGGCUGACAGUUCUAGUCCCCCAUCGUUUUCUGAGGAUAUCCAAAAUCAGGAUUGAAAACCGGAAUAAGAGGGAGAUGAACCUCUCAACAUUUCCAUCUCGUGCUAAAAGCUAUAAUCUGUUCCACUUUGGAUCGACUAUAAACGUUUUUUGGGUUUGUUAUAAAAAAUACCAACCAUGCAUGCUUUUUUUUUUCAGUCCGUCAUUGUAAAUGUAAGGGUGGUUGUUGUUGUUGUUGUUGUUAAUAAUAACUUUAUGUAUAUUGCACCUUUCAAAACAGAGUUACAAGUUGCUUUACAAUAAAACAAAUAAUGCCGGUGAUUUUGAAGCAUCCAAAUAGUACUCAAAAUGAAAACACAGUGCUAUAAGAUGUAGCCAAAAACAUACAAAUAAAUAUGAUAAAUAAUUAUACAAAUGUAAAUACACCUUAAGAUUAUAGUGAGUAAAAGAAUCAAAUAUAGACAGGGGGUCAGAACAUUUAAAGCUUUAUAAACAAGUAGUAAAAGCCUAAAUUCUUAAACUCACACGCUAGGAUUGAUGUUAUAUGGUCAAAUCUCUCUGUGCGUAUUAAAGAAACUAGUUGAUUUAAAAAAUCAGGGAGAACAACAAUUGUAAAUGUCACCCGGUCCUUUUGGAAGUUAUAACCACUUUGACACUUGACUAAUAAAGAAAGCUUAAUAAAAUAAAUUUAUAAAAUUGCUGCUAGGGAUGACUCAAUACUACUUUUCAAUACUAAUUAUGUAUAACCUUAAGUAUCUACCCAUACCAAUUUUUUCCCCUUAAAAUAAAUCCACAUAGCACUCAUGAUUGCUGCAUCCCUUAUUUACAUUCUGGUCACAUGACAUGGAGGCUUACAUUUCUCCUUAACUGAAUAUUGAUGCGAUAUUAAUGUUUUUUUUGGUCUGUUUCACAGACCAGUUAUUCUGGUCAGUAUCAGUAUUGUAUCGGCUCAUCCCCGAUUGCAGCCCUGCAUCGUGUGCCCACAUUCUCUGUAGUUGAAAAUCAACAUCUUGUCACAAAUCAUUGUAUUUACCCAUUAGUCGUUGACUGUUAUAAAUUUUAAAACACUGUCAUACACAAGUUUCCACAAGUGUGUGUGUGUGUGUGUGUGCGUGUGUGUGUGCGCGCACAGAGUUCCUGUCGUCAUGUGCCCACACUGCUCACUGCCUUACAGGUGCAGCACCAGAACAGCUCACUGAAGUCCCUCAGUCCUCUCCUACACCCUGAUCAGUGUCAUGUAGCCACGCCAUCAUCUCAUCAAGCUCAAUGAGACCCGGGAAAGAAAAAAAAAAAUCUCAGGCAGUGAAUUUACUUAGUAGUAGACCCCCCACCCCCCCACCCCCGUACUACUGUGACAUGUAAACCCACCAUAUCCUGGUUUGUAAUCGUAUAUAUUUGUGUGCAAGUAUAAAAUCAAAUAAACAUAUAACAAUUAGUAAAUCAUCAGUUAUUGUAAAUUAAUCUGUAUUUGAUAAAUUGUUUUCGACAGGAUCCAGAAGUUGAAACUUACAGAAACUAAUCCUCAGCCUCACCCUGUGCUUACAUUGCCCACAAUGCACCUCUUACAGCCGACGGCUCCUUGUGGGAUUUCUGGUAUACUGCUCGUCACUAGCUAAAGGUCCAGUGUUUAACAAUCACUCAGUGCGUUGACAUGCUUGGUAAAAGUCCAAUUUUAGUCUGACAAAGACAAUAAUUCACAUUAAUUCUUAAUGUCUAAAAACUACUAAAAUCGAGCUAGUAGACUAAACUUCAGUCACACUAAAAACAUAAUACUAAAGUACAUAUAAAACACUUAUUUUAAGGCAAUGAAAAUGAAACCAGUUUAUUUUAAAGCAAUGAUACACACGUGUAUACUUAUCUGCAGUAUCCCAUUUCUGCCAGUAAACCCACCUAAAUGUUACACACUGGACCUUUAAAAAAAGCUGUUAUAUACACUUCCUCACCAAUUUUUUUUCACCCUCACCGAUCACCUAUUACACCUCAACUCUCAAAGAUGCUGGUUGGUGUCACACACACACACACACAAGCACGAAAAGACACUUGUGUGUUUGACUUUUCUCCCUUUUUUGUUUUGUACAGUUUAAGACAUCACACGUUUCGGAUACAUGUAGCAACUGUGUGGCCGUCACACCGGCCCGGCACAUGUGAUUAUUUCUUACUAAGACUUAAAGAAGUAUGAGACUUUGUUUGUCUGUACCUCACGAUUAUUAACUGUUUGACUGUGGUUUGUUGUUUUUAUUUCAUGACAUUGUGACUCCUAGUGACUAGGCCAUUAGUACACAACACUGGGGAGGCCCCCUCAACCGUACACACUACCUCUCCGUCUGCCUACACGGACUCAAAACGCUGAAAUGCACGAACACAUGCACUUAAUGUGCCAGGCUGCAGCAGAAGCAGAUUGACAGGUUGCAGGGAAGAAACGAGUACAAAAAAUAUUCCCCUCUAGCUUGUGUUUUUAUCUUGAUCCUUUCAGUUUCAGUUUGCCCAAGUACAGUAGCUUAAAUUCUACAGCUGCAUUGUUUGCAUUCUAUGUUUUUACCCCACAUUUAUUAAGAAGCAGUAAAAUCAACUGAAUUCAAAACUAUACCAAACGUGAUGAAUAAUUGGGUGCCAAAGUGUUUUCCACAAUAAUUUGAUCAAUCAAAGCGAGGUAUUUGCAUUUUUAUCACAUCGAUUAGUACGAUGACCUGCAGUGACCAUGGAAGGAGUGUUGUUCAGAUGGCCUCUUUAAGUGCAAAGUAUGUUGUUGUCAUCGUUGAUAAUCACUUGAUUUGGAUUUUACUUUUGUAACAUGUGGAAAUAGUUCAGACUGGAUUCUUUUUAUCUAUACGUAUAUAUAUCUAUAGAUAGAUAGAUAUCUAUCUAUAGAUAGAUAUCUAUAUAUAUGAAUAUGAUGCUGUAAAGUGCAGUCAUGAAUCAAUUGAGAUUUCUCUUUCACAUCAAUACAGUUAAAAAAAAGAAUAAAAACCACAUUGAAAAGA